CAUUCCCGGUGAUCGAAGUCGAUUAAUCAUCAGCCGGCGGCUGCGGAUGUCACCGCCGCGCGCGAGAUGUCUGGACGUCGUCCUCUGGACUCCGUUCCGGGAGCCAGCCAACGAGAGAGCCCGAGCAGAGAGGCUCUCUCCGUCGAUCCUCAUCCUCCACCUCCUCCUCCGCCUCCUUCUCCUCUUCGUUCCACCGUGGAGGAGCCGACUGACUGGCUAGAGAAGCCGAGUCUCUCCUGCGGAACAUCCCCGGCAGUUUCACGUCGACGGUCAUCCGGAUCGACUCGCGGCCAAGGUCGACCAUCAACGGCAACGUUUUCUCGCGGCGUUUCUCUCGCUCGAUCCUCCGUCGAUCCAUCGUCGAUCCGUUUGAAGAACCCAGUCCGAAUCGAUCGAACGAUCAACCCGAACGAUGCUCCAAUCUCCGCGGACAAGGAUCCAGCGGACUCGUUGACGGCCGAUCGAAGGAUCCAAAGGAUGAUCGACGGGCCCGGCAUAGGACCCGCCGGCGGUUUGUGAUGUGUCAGUGCUCUUUGUUCGCUGUUGUUCUCUCGGGAAUGCUGCGCCCGGACGACGAGCAGUCGCGGUUUGCUGAGUGGUCCAAGGAGGACUCGGCGAAAACGGAUGACGCCGUCGCGUGACGGGAAGAGGUCGGAAGAGGCUCCCGGGGAGCUCGCGAGAACUUCUUUUGAACACCUGGACCCAAUCGUAGAAGAAAUCUGAUCGAGAUGUCUUGCGUCGGGGUGCCCCGGUACGAGGACGGCUUCCGGUUGGCCGGGCCAGCUUCAGAAUGCUCUCUGAGGAGCAAGGCUCGCAUCGACGCCCUCUUCGAGGACUCAAGAUCAAUUUACGGAUCGAGCAUGGGCGGUUGGUACGGUGCAGUGUCCACCAUGAACUCUCACAACCUGGACGAGGCAGGCGCUGAUGAACAGAGGAGGGUGAACAGCGCGGUGCAGGCCCGGAUCGAGGCGAUGUUCGCGUCCGUGGAAGCCGAAAGCGGAACACCCGGGGAAUGCGCGGCCGCCAUUUUGCCGGUGAAAUACUUGGGAGCAGCUCCCGUUGGUGGCCGCGUGGCGAGCGUCCGUGGCCUUCAGGAGCCUCUGAGACAUCUCCUGGAGCGAGUGGAGUACUCGACGAGAGCGGAGCUCGAGGUCUCGAGACGGGGCCUGAGUUUCCGCACGACGGACGGCUGCGAGAGGAACAAUCCGUUCCGGAGGAUCGCCGUUUGGAGCGCGCUGAGGCUUCGAACGAAGAAAACGCAGUCCGGCGACGUGCAUCACGCUUUCCUGCCAUUGGUCGGCGAUCAGGAUCAGGGCCAGGCCGGAGAGGACAAGCACGCGGAUCUCUACAGGUCGAUGCGAGGCCUAGAGCCGUCCACAGAAAGGUAUCCCCCCGUGUUCGCGGUGGUGAUGCGUCGGCCAGGUGCGACCAGGGUGUUGGAGUGCCACGCGUUCGCUUGCGAGACGGAGGAGGACGCGGUCGCGGCGGCAGCGACCCUGUACCGAGCUCUUCUGGCCGACCUGGACACGAAUCGCCGUCGUCCUCGGCACGCGAACGGCGUCGGUUGCGUCAGUUUAGCAUCCGUUGCGUCCAGCGUGCGGGAGAUGAGCGCUGGGAGCAGAAUGAGCACCAGGACGAGCGUCCUGCACGCGGAGCCAGCGCUGCCGCACCCUGUGAGGCCGCCUAGAACUAAGAAGAAGACGUCGGCGUCGAGUUCGGUGACGGAGGACGAGGGCAGCAAGCCCGUGGAGAUGAAGGCGCCUAGAAGAAAGAAGAAGAACUCGGACGUCAAGGCGGAGGACAUCCUGGAGGCUCGGGGGAGAAAACGGGAGCCCAGCCCGUGCGAGAAAUCGGCCGCCAAAGGUCCGAGCUUCGACUCCGUGAGGAAAAGCUUCGACCCGAAACCCGCGAACGAGACGGAACGACCGAAUCCGAAGAACAAGUACGCGAUCAACGAAGUAACCGCCGCUCCCGAGAAGCCUAAGAUCGAGCAAUCCGUCGAUUCCGGGAAGAUCUACGACAUAGGAAGCGCCGGAUUGUACGAGAGAGUGUCGAACAGGUACGAGAAGCUGCCUGUGAGAGCGAAGCCGGAGAAACCCGUUAACCAAGAACAUCAGAGUCCGCCGAAAGAAGCAGAGGAGGUCAAGAAGAAGAUCAAAGAGCCAGAGAAGAAGGGCUCGUACGACGUGAACCGGCCUACGGAGAUCGUUGCGAAGAGGCAGCAGCCGUACGCCUGCAGGUCCGAGGUGACGCUCUACGACAGGAUCGACAAGCCCGGCUGCAAGGACGAGGAGAACUCGAUCUACGAGCGCCACGUGAAGCGCGGCAGCAAGGAGAGGAUCUACGAGGAGCACUUCAAGGACGCGGACAAGAUCUACAGCAUCGCGCAGGAGGACGUUUACAGCGGCAGAAGCAGCAGACUCGACAGAAGCAAGAUCAGGGGCUCCCAGGAGGACACGUACCUCGGCAGGUGCUCCAAGAGCGACACCUAUCAGCUGAUCCAGGAGAAGCGCGGCGACCCCGUGUCCGCGGAGCGCAGACGUUCCAGAGAGGUCCAGGAGAAGACGUCCUCGGGGAGGCGGCUGAGCAGAGUGGUCACCAUGGACAAGCCUCUGAAGAAGCACCCCUGCGACCCAGCGGCGAACUUGAACAUCCCGGAGUACAGUCAGCCUAGGGUCAGGAAGAGGAGCAGGGCCGGCAGCGAGCCUCCGGUCGGUCGGUCGGAGGACGCGACGAUGGUGGUGCAGGAGGGUCGGCUGAAGAGGUCGCAGAGCGACAUAGACGUGGACAGGGGCGAUCCGAUGACCAGGGUGGAGCUGCCCCGGAGAGGAAGCUUCCUGAAGCCGGGCAGCGCCAGGCGGCCCAACAGCAUCAAAGGCGGAACGCCGCUGGGAUUCACCGAGCUGUUCGACGAGUUCAGGAACCAGGAGGGCCUGACCAGCGUGGACGACAUCCUCGCGGCCAUCAUCGACCCGGAGGGGAUGUCCUUCAACGAUCUGAAGCCGCUGUACAAAGAGUUCCUGCUGAAGCUGGCGGCCACGCUGACGCAGGACGAGCUGUAUCAGAGGUCGGCCAGCAUCAUGAGAAGACGACGGAGGCCCCAACGGAGACGGUCCAGCCGCAGGACCUGCCUCCUAGGCAGGGCCAUCAAGAGGUCCGUGUCGAGGCUGAAGGGUGGCCCGACGGAGUUCACGUCCGUCAUCUUCCCAGCCAGGAGGCUGAACGACAGUUUCGGCAGCAGCUCCUCCUGCGACGUCAGGAACAACCACAGGAACAGGGUGCUGGCCAAUAGGCUGGUCAACAGGCGAUCCUCCUGGAGGAUGAACAAACCUGGCGGAUGCCACACCACUUCUGAAGACAGCGACACUUGUAGACGACUGAGUCGCAGCGUGGGCGCAACGGCGAACAGGAGCAGCAGCGGCUACGUGAGCUGCAGCGAGUGCAGCUACGACUCCGAGUCCUGCACCUGCGUCUCCGCCGACAAGUGCUACUGUUCGUUGUCGAGGAGGGUAGCCGCGCAACCACGGGUCGUCGCCAACGCGGUGGUCUGUUCCUGCGACACCGACAGCUGCUCCGAGAGCAACAAAUGCUACUGCGCCAGGCAGGCCGUGCAGCCGACGAUCCUGGAGCAGCUCAGGCAGAGAGGCAUCGUGCCGUCUGAGAGCACCUUGAGCAGAGGCGGGAGCCCGGACGGGAUCAGGACGACGAGAUCAAGCAGAAAUCGGACGCCCUCCCAAGGUUUGGAUGUACUCAAGAAGCAGUCGUCGUCAAGCUACGGCAGUUCGAACAACCUGGCCCUGGACUACGACCUGUUCAACCCAGGCAGGAAGUCCCAGCAGUCCUCCGACAGCGAGAAGGUGCUAGUGGUCAGCGCAAGAGACACUCAGGGCCGUUUGGUCUACGUCGGUGGCGCGGACAGGGACAAGAAGUGUCUCUCCCACUGUUCCAGCAGAUCCGGUGCACACCACGAGGCCCUCUCGAUCAAGAAGAGCGCCGAAAUAGCAGCCAUCUUCGGCGCCGACGCGAAUCGGAUCAGCAGAAGAGCCAGCAACGCCUCCAGCAUCAGGAGCUCGAUCAGCCUGGAAGCCGGUCUCGGCUAUCUACCCUGAUCCACCCCUUCCUUUGAUGCAUCCCUUUUCAGUCGCGCGCCCUCUUCUCCCCGGAAAGUUGGACGAAGACGGAGCAAUAUCGUGGAAUCGUCGAUGCUAAGGGCGCCAAAGAAUCUCAGGCAAGACACGAACCUUAUCUGAGCAUCUGUCUGUUUUCUUCUUUUUGGGGACUAAAAGAACGCACGAUAUCGUGUAGAAUUAAGCGACCAGCUGUGUCGCAGCUGUGCCGAGAACGAUUUGACUGUGGAUACCAGUGGCGAUCGUAUCGUUUAUGCUAUAAUAUCUACGUUAUUGUAUUAGGGUGUCCCAUAAGUUCUUUCCCUUUUUCCGAUGCGAAAUGAUUACACGAUAUUUGUUGUUUAA